AUGUCGCAUUAUCCCCCGUCUCAACCACCCUACGGGGCUCCUCCCCAAGGUUAUCCCCAGAACGCCUACCAACAACAACCUCCCUACCCUCAGCAGCAAUACGGUGCACCCCAGGGCCCUCCGCCACAAGGCCACUAUCCUCCCCAGGGCCAAUACGGCCAACCCCCUCCGCAACAGGGCUACUACGGCGCGCCCUCCCCCCAACCACCCACAGGAUACCAUGCGCCAUCUCCUCAGCCCCCAGCCGGGUAUCACCACGCACCAUCACCACAGCCAGGAUAUGGUGCUCCACCCACCCAAGCGCCUUACAACCAAGGACCACCUCAAGGCUAUGCGCCGCCCCCGGGGCCACCUCCCAUGAUGGGUGGUGCACCAGGCUACCCACCACCAGGCGCAUACGGCGCACCACCCGGCGCACCACCCAUGGGCUCAUAUGGCGCACCGGCAAUGCCAUCUCUCGGUUACGCACCCGGCCAAGUAGCACCAGGCGACUUCCGGCGCGAAGCAGACAUCCUACGCAAAGCCAUGAAAGGAUUCGGCACAGACGAGAAAGCACUGAUUCAAGUACUAGCGCGUCUAGACCCGCUCCAGAUGGCCGCAGUGCGCGCCACAUACUCGCAGCAUAUCGGUCGCGAUUUGUACAAAGAUGUCAAAUCCGAGACGGGCGGGUAUUUUGGCCAGGGAUUGUUGGCCGUGAUUGAGGGGCCGUUAAAUUACGAUGUGGAGUGUGCGCGCGAGUCGAUUGUAGGUCUUGGCACUAAGGAGUGGCUGAUGAAUGAUGUGCUCCUUGGACGGUCUAAUGCGGAUCUCAACGCUAUUAAAACGGCUUAUGAGCGCAAGUAUCAUCGUCAUCUCACAAGGGAUGUUGAGGAUGAUUUGUCGAUGAAGACUGCUGUCUUGUUUAAGCGGGUUUUGGAGGCUAGAAGACAUGAGGAGUCGAUGCCUUGCAACCCCCAGGAUAUCAGUGCUAAGGUUUCUGUUGUGCAUGCGAAGCAGAAGGAUCAGGCACUUGAUAUUUUGGCGUCUUCGUCGGAUGCGGAGCUUCGGGCCAUCGAUCAUGAGUUGAGCGCGAGGUAUCAUACUUCGCUGGAAAAGGUUAUUUUGAAGGAUUACUCGGGUCAUAUGGAGAAGGCAUACGUGCACAUGGUGCGGACUGCGACGGAUCCUGCUAUGCGUGAUGCUAUUCUGCUCGAGGAAUGCAUGGCGGGUAUGGGCACAAAGGACGAGGCUCUUGUCACGAGAAUUGUGCGUUUGCACUGGAAUCGGGAUCACAAAGAUCAAGUGAAGCGUGCCUACCGUCAUAAGUUCAAGAAAGACUUGAUCCAGCGGGUGCGUGGGGAGACUUCGGGUGACUAUGAGCGCUUGAUGGUUGCUCUAUUGGAGUAG